GUGCUAUCGGGCUUGUGCUUGUCCGCUGGUGACGGCAUCGAUACAAGGCAGCGCUCCUCACUCGUGUCAUCGUGACUCCCUCCAUUCGCCCCUCCCCCCCUAGCUCAGGUUCAACGUCACAGCCAGAAUAGGGCGACAUUGACGCUAUGGGCGACGCCAGCAUGCUCGAUGUCCUGCAGUCCAUCUUGUUCGAAGUCAAAGAUCUCAAGACGCAGCAAGCCGCUCUCAAGACUCAGGUGGAUUCGAUCAGCCAGCAACGAACGAGCCGCUUAGGCAGCGAAACAGGUGACACUCUCUCACCCGAUCAUCCCAAUGCCUUUGGAUCACCUUCUACUCUGCUGCCCCAGCGUGUGCCUUCUCUCUCCGCCCUGUCGACCGCGCUUGCCGGCUCGCCUCGCGAUAUCCCAGCUGUAUCGCUGCCCGCGAGCCAAGCGUCGACACCUUUGACUUUGCCCGUCGCUGUCAAGUCUGCCGGGUUCAGGGUCGGCUCACCAGGCGCAACUUCGUCCAGCUUCCAUGCUCGUGCUGCAAGCAGAGGAAUGGAAGACUCGCUCAGGGAGAAAGAGCGCUUUCUCGCCUGGUCACAUUCGCAAUCGCCCACUUCGGCCGUCGCGCCGACGGGCAAGAAGGAGCCUGCCUUCUCGACACGCGUCGUCCUCACUACAUAUCCUACUCAAGUCGGCAUCGACCCUAUUCCGCUCAACUGGGGCGCCAGGACUGCCCUCGAGAGAGGGCCAGUCGUCGCCUCUCGACAGCCUGACUCGCUCAAGAUUAGAAAUGCGAUCGGCGCGUACGCUGGGCCCUAUUGCGUCUAUCGCGCCUUGGCAAUGGCUACCGGCAAUCUCGAUCCGCUCCAUCGGCCCGAUUACACUCAUACAGAGCCACCAUUCGACCUGCCUCCUCAGCCGGCCUGGUUCGACCCUUACAAGAUCGUCUCGCUCGAUCCAUGGUCACACAUGUCCAUGAUAGUCUACAAGCAGUCCCACCUCGACAAGGGAAUUGACGUCAGGCCGACUAUCUCGGUCACGCGAGCUCAUCUCAAGCUGGCCGAGAUAGACGAAGCCGUGCUCAAAGGUCGCAUCAAAGUCGACGGCAAGAUUAUCGUUCCCACGCCGUCAGCAUGGUCGGAUGCAGCGAAGCAAGCAAAGCAAGCAGGCUCGAUAUUGACAGAAGAGGCAAGGGCAGAGAUGGAUCUGAAGAUCAAGGAGGCAGGUGUCGAUAUCGUUUGCGGCAAGGCAGCGAUUGAUAAUGUCUGGUGGUUGCCCGGCAUCGCUCAUCGAUUUGGCAUCUCCGAGAACAUCCUUCGCCGUGCAUUGUUUGAGGAGACCGGCGGGAUGUACCCCGAGCUGCUCACUCGUCCCGAUCUGAAAACGUUUCUACCGCCCAUUAGCGGAGCUACGGCCUAUAUCAUUGGCAAUCCGGCCUAUCUCUCCGAUCCGAGCAAAGUGCUCUCACUCCGUGUGCAUGACGAGUGCUCAGGUUCGGACGUCUUUGGCUCGGACGUCUGCACGUGUCGACCAUAUCUGAUCUACGGCAUCGAGCACGCCGUCAAGACUGCUCAGGAAGGCGGCGUCGGCUUGGUGAUCUACUAUCGCAAGGAAGGACGCGCACUCGGCGAGGUCGUCAAGUAUCUCGUCUAUUGCGCGCGCAAGUAUGCAGAAGAUUCGGCGAAAGACUACUUCAAGAGGACGGAAGACAUUGCAGGCGUGAAGGAUAUGAGAUUCCAAGAGCUCAUGCCCGAUCCACUACACUGGCUAGGUGUCACAAAGAUUGACCAUCUCUGGUCGAUGUCGGACAUGAAAUACAAUGCUAUCACGUCGAGCGGGAUUUCUGUUCUCAACCGACACGAUCUGCCUGACCAUCUCAUUGGACCGGAUGCACACGUCGAGAUCGAUGCAAAGAUUGCGGCCGGUUACUUUUCUGCUGGCAAGAAAGUGACGAGCGAAGAUCUGAGCAAGACGGUUGGUCGAUCGUGGGAGCCGACCAAUUGGGAAGAUGUGGCGCAUUGAGCGCUAGCGAGUCGAAGUAAGACAUAAGAGCAUAGUGUUGGUUGUAUUUUGAGUGCAUGUACAGUCC